AUGCCUCCUAAGCCAAGGAAGAGUACCAACAAUGUCUUUGGCGCCUCUGGCUACCUCCAAAAGAGUAUUCGGCACCGAAUUCCUUGUCCGACGUUCCGCCCAACUGAACGUUUAGCUGGUGUUAUCUGGUACCAAGGGUCCAUUGUAAACGACACAUCAACGGUGCGUCUGAUCAGUCGAGACCUGCAAUGGAGCCACACCAAAGACUUGCCUGCCGACGAGAGGUACUCGAUGUCGUCCGAUCACGGACUUGUCAUUGAUGGAGUCGAGGACAGAGACGAGGGGGGUUUCCUUUGCCAGGUUAUUCCUCAAACUACCGAUGUAAGGGUCGGGAGAGUAUACGUCCAAGUCAUAGGCGAUACCUUUCCAGGAGGCAGAAGUCAGGUAUUUUCCACCGUUAGCUUCCAUCGAGGACGCAGACAGACGCUACCGUGUGAGUGCGCAUCACAGACUCCAGACGCGCCGAUCUCCGUAGUGUACUGGUCAACGGGAGAAGGCGUCACUACAGAUACACAGAUCAUUGGUGCUCGUUUCUCUGAUGGUGCUACCCUGAAGGUUGGACACGGUGCCGAUUACAGCAUUGGUAGCGACGCUUCACUUAUAGUUAACUCCCUCCAUGAUGUACAAGACACACAGAGAUUCUGGUGUCACGAGUUCAAAUCAGAUGGAACCCUCAGAAAUUGCAACGUCGAUGUCCAGAUAUCAGAUCAACAGACACCCAAUCACGCCCUCAAGGCAUCUUCGACAUCGUUCCACAUUCUUGAGGGUGGAGAACAGUCACUGCCAUGCUCAAGCUGGAUCCCCGGUGUCGCGACCUGUGAGGUACUGUGGUUCAAGAUCGACAGGGCAGGUCGACACUUUCUACUGUCUAGCAACGACGUCGAUGCUGAAUCGGAGUACGAAUUCGCCAGCGAUUUCGGCCUGAUCAUCAAAUCAGUUGAUGACGAAGAUGCUGGAAGAUACAGAUGUGAUACAGGCGGAGGAAUCAGUGAGGUUGAUAUUGAUGUUAGAGUAAUAGCUUUUUUGAGGUAUGAGAUCGGAAGUCCUGUAACUGUGUUCUGGUCUUUUGCCAAUCCUGACAAUCAUACGACCACGACCGUGAUCGGGAGGCUGAACCUACCGGGUAGCUCCAACACGAUGUCUGAUCUUAUUGGCAACGCCUGUUUCUCCAUAUCUGAAGAGGGCGCACUUCUUCUAAACAUGUGCUUUCAAGAAGAUGACGUCAGGUACUGGUGUCACGUCUUCCCUGAGGACGAAAUACUAAUGAGAUCCUAUGUGGAUGUGCUAAUCAAAGGCUGUCCCACCUUCAAGCCUUGGCUGAUGUGA